AAAGGUGUGUGCCACCACCACCAGGCUUAAAACAGUAAUUUUAACCUGAAACACUGGGGUCAUCUCCUCCACACUCUUUUGGUGUUGUAGUGUAUCAAUAAUGAAAUGUGGAUGUAACCCGUGGACAUCCAAAUGAUCAAGAGAACCCCUUUCCCUUCUUAUUUGUGUGUAUGUGUGUACGUUUUUGUGUGAGAAUUUGGAUGCAUGUCUAUGCAGGGAGGCCAGAAGUCCAUGUAGGGAGGUCUUAGCUGGUUGUUCUCUACCUCAGGUCCCCCUUCUUGGUAAGUAAGCACUUUAUCAACUGAGUCAUCUCCCCAGCCUCCUUUCCCUCCUUUUUUGAUGAGGCAAAAGUCACUUACCAUAAAAGACACCAUUUGCAGGGCCGAAAAGAUGACUUUAUGGUUAGGAACACUGGUUGCCCUUACAGAGGGACUGGAUUCAAUGUCCAAAACUCACAUGGCACCUCAUAACCAUCUGUAACUGCAAUUUCAGGGGAUCCAAUGUCUGCUUCUGGUCUCUGUGAGCACCAAUAAUCCACUGAUACACAAACAUGCAUGCAGGAAAACACCCAUACACAUAAAACAAUAAAAAUUUAAAAAUUCAAACUUAAAGGCACUAUUUUAAAGGAAGCUAUCCAGUGCAUCUGCUCCGAGAGAAUUUUCAUCGCUUCAUGAAGAAACCCCUGAAUCCACUACAUCACUCUUCAUAUCUGGGCUCCCAGGCCAGAUUUCUGGCUAUGAAUUUGCCUCUUUCAGACUCAGUAUAUUCUAUAAAGAUUUUGAGGGAGUUCACUACACAGUGACAUUGUAGCACAAUAAAGGCAGCAAGAAUUCUCUUAUUUGCACCCCUGAAUGAGAGAAAACAGCCACUUGGGACCACAUGGAGGUGCAUUUAGGGACAGGGAAACUGUUAGGAUAUCUUGUGCAUAGCAGGAAUUGGGCCAGUUCCUUGUGGGAUUGUAGGAGCCAUCUAGUUUUCUGGGAUCUAGUCCCUGAUUGAGAACCCAGUAAGAAAGCCGGGGGCAGGGUGAGUAUUUAGUGGCUGUAAAGACUGAGACCUUAUAGGAUGUGGUAGGAAUGGGGGCUUAGCAACUGCCUUUAAAAGACAAAGAUUUUAGCCACAACUAAAAACUAGGUCAAGUCAGCUCUUGUGAAAUGUCAUUACAUCAUAUAAAUGGAAUCAUAAAAUAUGUGGCCGUUUGUGUCUGGAUCUGGCAUUUUUAACUUUGCAAAAAAUCCCCAAGGUUCAUCCAUGUUGUAGCAUACGUCAUAAUUUCCUUCCUUUCUAAACACAAAUAAUGUUCCAUUGUUUAUAUACACCGCAUUUUGUUUAUCCAUUUGUCUGCUAAUGGACGCGUGGAGUUUCUGCCUUUUGGCUAGUGUGACUGCUAUGAAUGUGUGUGUAUAGGUUUUUAGUGUAGACACCUGUUUGAAAUUAUUUUCAGUAUGCGCUCAGGAGUGAAAUUGCCUGGCCAUGUGGUAACUGUGCUUAAUUCAUUGAGUAACCAUUCAGAUGGAUUUUUUUCCCUUGUGUUGCAGGAGAAUAGGCAUUGAGUGUAUGUAUGUUUCCAUAUGAAAGGACAUACACACAUGGCAGCGCACGUGCACAUGCAUAUAUGUAUGUAUGAAGGCCAGAGGUAGAUAUUAAGUAUCCUCCUCAACAAUUCUCCACCUUAUGUAUGGAGAGAUAGUCUCACUUAAACCCAGGGCUGCUCAACUGAGCUAGUUAGUGUUAGCUAACCAGCUUGCUCCAAGGAUCCCUGUCUCUGUUUCCUGUGUACUGGGAUUACAGAUGGGCCAACACACCCACCUGGUAUUUGUAUAGGUGCUGGAUAUCCACUCUCCAUUCUUGGCACUUGAACUAUAACCCCACUGAACAAUCUCUCCAGCCACAAAUGGUGUGUGUGUAAUAUGAAUGUGUGCUUAAGAGUACAGGUUCUAUAAAGGCCAGAGACAUCUGAUCUCCUGGAGCUGGAAUUAGAGAUGGAAGUAAGACAUCUGAUAUGGGGACUAGGAAUUGAACUUUGGUCCUCUGGAAGAGCAGCAAAUGUUCUGAACCACUGAGCCAUCUCUCUAACCUCUUAAAUGAUCUUUUUCGUGUGAGUCAUAGAAAAUUCAUCAAAAGCCAGGUAAUGGUGGCACACACCUUUAAUCCCAGCACUCAGGAGGCAGAGGCAGGCAGAUAUUCAUGAGUUCAAGGCCAGCCUGGUUUACAGAGCAAGUUCCAGGACAGCCAGAAUUGUUACAGAGAGACACCCUGUCUCAAACACCCCUACAAAAAAGAAACUUCAUCAGAAACAUGACUUUAUAAUUGGUCAAUGUUGAUUGACAGUUCAUCAAGGGAUCUGGGGACAGUUUAAAUUUCAGGUAAAUAUGUGGCUGUCCUUGUGUUCCCUAGACUCCAUCCCUUCUUCUCUCCUGUGGCCUUAUCACUGGCAGACAAACAAGCUUUACUUGCCCACCAGGCAAAUAAAAACUCUUUCAAGCCAUUGCCACACUGGACUUCCUCCUGGUUUCUCUGCUGCUCCACUCAGGACUCUCAAGUCUGGUUGAACAACAUUCUUGAAAUGGUCAUUUAACUGACAAGCUUCUAUACUAACUGAUGCACAGAACUCCGAGGCUAAAGUAAACUUUAUCUAUUCUGUCGACCUUCAAGCCCUUGGAAUGAGAAACAACUUCCUGCUGUCCUCACCCAGUCUCAUUGCUUGUGUCCAUCAUCUCAGUUCUUAGCAACACAAGCACUACUGACGGAGAGCCAUGUCCAGGACUUUUAUUGCCUGUGUUCCCUCGCAACCACAUUGCCACUCUCAGCCUACCAUCGCCUCGUCAGAGUGCCGCCACUCUUCUCUUUCUGCUCACACUCCACUGUGCCUCACGGUGUCCCACCCUUCUCUUUCUGCUCACUAGCAGCUAUCACUCUGCACCUGGGAGUUGAAUUGUGUGUCUGGAGGGUUUUUUUUUUAACAUGAACCCAGACACUAAAGGAAGAGGAACCCAUAAAUGGAGCUUCCAGGAAUGUCUGGAAACUUGGGGGGGGGGAUCAGAAGAAAGAGAUUUAAAAAAUGAAGGAAAUGAAGGGGGUUGCAGAGACAGCUCAGCCUUUUAGAAUACUGGCUGAUCUUCCAGAGGAUUGGGGUUUGAUUCCCACUACCCACGUGGUGGCUCAAAACUGUCUGUAAUUCUGGUCCCAAAUGAUCUGACACCUUCUUCUGGUUUCCUUGGGUACCUUGGGUUAUAUGUAUGGUACUUAAACAUACAUAUAAUCAAAAUAAAAUAAAUAAAAAUAAUUUUUAAAAGAAGGCAAUGAUAGAGAAAGAGCAUGCUCUUUUGGAAGGCUGGAGAGGGCAUAUGAGCAAAGUUGGUAUGUGAUCCCUGGAUUUUGGCCCACUCAAUGGGCCAAAAUAGAAAAGCAUGAAAGCUAAGUUUGGGAAUGUGUUGAGGACUGAAUUGCCUUGUGUCUCUACAAAAUGAUCGCUUCAUGUCCCAUCCCCAACUGCCUGGGAAGAUACCUUUACUUAGAAGUAGGACUUUGGAAAUGUAAGUAAGGUUAAAAUGAGACCAUAUUGGAGUAUGGUAGGCCCUAAUUCAAUGAAUAGUGUCAUAUAACAGUAGGGAAAUUUUGAUCCAAGUGCACAUAGAGAAGACAUCCAUGUGAAGAUUCAGGAAAGCAUUGGAAGGAUGCAGCUACAAGUCAAGGAUCACUGGAUACCACCCAGUGGCUGAAAGAGGCAAGAAAAGCAGCCUUCAGGAUGAAAGGAGGACCCACCCACCCCCAGCGCCUAGAUCUCAGGCUUUCAACCUGCAGAACUGGGAGAAAAUAUGUAUGUAUGGUUUUAAGCCCCCUGCAGCAGGUACCUUGUUGCAGUGGCCCCAUCAAGAUAUAAGGAAAGUGUGGUGAUCUGUAGCCUAGGUGAAGCUUCCAGAGUGAGAAAACCCAUUGCCUCGUCCUCCAAGGAGGGUGCAGAAACUGGCCUCUGGGAAAGAAACCCACCCUUUCUUUGGGACAUACCUCAUUCACACACACCACAGCAUUCACUGUCUCACCUUGCUACUCUCUGGCAAGAAAAAUAAAGCAGGUUUUGAAACAAGCUGAGGUUGGCUGCACCGAGCCACCCUGAUCUCACUGACCCUCUUUGCUCUUCUCUCAGCCUUUCAGCUGUGCCCUCUGUGAUUGUCCUGACUAUGGCAGCCAGUCUUCUGAGAGCAAAGCCCAAGGUACCAAUAUCUUUUGAGGAUGUGUCUGUGUACUUUACAAAGGCAGAAUGGAAGCUUCUGGAUCUCAAACAGAGGAAGCUCUACAAGCAGGUGAUGCUGGAGAACUACAGCCAUUUGGUGUCAGUGGGGUUUGCUUUCCCUAAGCCUAACCUGGUGUCCCAGCUGGAGCGAGGGGAGAAGCCCUGGAUUGCAGACAGAAUGGGGACUGCAGCAGCAUCCUGUGCUGGAAAUGGGAUAAAGAGCAAGAUGCUGACUUCAAGGCCGAAACUUUUUGGAAGAGGGCUCCUCGGAGACACCUCGGGAUCCAUGGUGCAGAGACGUCCUCACGACUUCAGGCCAAAUUCCAUUGUAAGGUACCGGCGCUCCAGAAUCACCGAUAAACGGUAUCUCUGUCAGCAGUGUGGAAAAUUCUUCAGCCGCAGCUCCAAUCUCAUCAAGCACCGGAUCGUCCACAGCGGCGAGAAACCGCACAAGUGCAGCGAGUGCGGGAAGCUGUUCCGGCGGAACUGGGCACUGCUGGAGCAUCAGCGCAUCCACAGUGGUGACAAGCCCUACGAGUGCGGGGAGUGUGGCAAGACCUUCACGCGCAGCUUCAACCUUAUCAAGCACCAGAUCAUCCACAGCAGCGAGAAGCCGUUCGUGUGCCGAGUGUGCGGGAAGGUGUUCCGGCGGCGCUUCGCUCUGCAUGAGCAUGCGCGCAUCCACAGCGGCGAGCGGCCUUAUGAGUGCGGUGAAUGUGGCAAGACAUUCAGCCGCAGCUCCAACCUUAUCGAGCACCAGCGCACCCACAGCGGUCAGAAACCCUACAUCUGUCAGGAGUGCGGCAAAGCCUUCAAGGGCAUCUCGCAGCUCAUCCACCACCAGCGCAGCCACCGCGGCGACAGGCCCUUCUCGUGCCAGGAGUGCGGCAAGGCCUUCCGCGGCCAUUCAGGACUUAGCCAGCACCAGCGAGUGCACAGCGGCGAGAAGCCCUACGAGUGCAGCGAAUGUGGCAGGGCCUUCGGUCGCCGGGCCAACCUCUUCAAGCACCAGGUGGUGCAUGGUGGGGUGCGUCGUGGCCGCUUAAAGGGACUUCGGCGCGGCUGCAUGCUCCUGGAGCAUCGGCGCGGGCCCCACAGGUCCCAGGAAGCCGGGGAAGGCAGCUCGGCCGAGCCCCAGCUCAUUGACGCCAAUAAGAAGCCCCAAGUGUGUGAGCACUGCGACCAGGUCUUCGAGAGCAAGUUGCUGCUGUGUCGCCAUUUGCGCAUUCAUGACGACGAAGAUGACAAGAAACAGAAGUCGAUUACUGUGAGUACCUCAGGUUCGGAGGAGAGGUCGCUGCUUAGCCAGGAUUUGGAAUCCCAGCCCGCAGAAGGAAACGGCAGCGAAAGCAGUGAAAGUUUCCUGUAUGCUGAGAAGGCCCAGGGCCCAUCCUCACCUUGAGGCCAGAAACAGGGCAGCAACUCAGAAUGGCAGGGUAGCCCCCUUCCCCAGUGUGAAACAGAAGUAACUCAGAAACACAGGGUACUCCCCACCCAUCCACCCAGUGUAAUCUGCCCUACUCUUUCCCUGAUGAGUUGAAAAGGAAGGGCUCCCUCCCUAGUCCUGGAUGAUCCAAUUGAUACCUAGAGGUUGCACAGGAAGGCUCCUCAAGGAGCCUAGGCAGGGUACUCCUGUGUGUGCUUGGGUGAAUGAGUGCCUGUGUGAAUGGGGUCUCCAGGGCAGCAGAUUUGCAUAAUACAGAGUUGGUCUCUACCAUUCACAGGAGAAUUGCUUGACGUGGUUGAGGAAGAAGGAGCAGAGUCCAGCCAACUCUAAGCACAAUUACAUUGAAGUUUACAGGGGAUUACCCGUGUGUCCUUUCUCUUGUUAAUGUGUUAGUGGGGGUGGUUGCCUCCCAUUAAUAGAUGUUUGUGUUUCUAGAUAGAAUAUACUAAAAGCACUUUAUUCCAUUAAAAGUUUAUAAACUAGCCUGCUGUUCUGAAGCAGACUAGACUGUCUGUGAAAACUUGGGCCUUGUGUAUGUGGCCCUGCUGCUGUUUGGAGGGUCUGUACCAAAUCUUGCAGAGAGGUUAAGACCCAGGGACCCUGAAUGUCUCCUUUUGGGAAUGGAGCCCCUUUUUUCUGGUCCCUCUCAGGAACAGGAUCUAAGUAAGACUUGGCAGCAUUUGUACCCCCACCACCCUGCUGGCUUCAGUCUCCUCCCCUCCCACUCAGGGAAGGCCACAUUGGCCAUUCCUAUCCCCUGCUCCAGUGCCUAAAGCUUCCAGUUUGUCUGCUAAUCCCUUUUAAGCCACCACUGUGUGGUGACAGCAGAUUAAGAAUUCACACUUAGGUGGCCCCUGUAGUGAGUCUGGCCAGACAGUUAUCUUUAAGAUGACAUUUCUUAGCAUAUUAAAGUUGCCAUUACUUUGAUGUGCUUUUAUUUGGGGAUACCAUUAGUUGAAAAUGGAGAUUUUUGUUAUGUGAGAGUGUUGGAGAAUUUAUCUUUUAUAGAAAUUCCUCACACAGAGGGCGUAGCUCAGAGAUGGAGUAUGUGCCUAGCAGACUACAGGCCCUGUGUCCCAUCCCUGCCCCUCCCCCAAGAAAAGCUUGGACAGAAGGAAGGGGCCUUUCCAACCCAUGACUGAUGUGCAUGGUGGCAAACCUAGCCCUGAAUGAUGAUGUAACAACCCCCACCUCCUUUCCCUUAAGCCUGGCUGGCUCUUUAGAAGGCACUUUACUGCCAAGGAAGCCAGUGGCAGUCCUAUUCCACCUGUGCUGCCCCCAGGAGACCUGUCCCUUGGCAUACUCAGCUCAGCAUCCUGGGUAGCAAACUACUUUUCAGCCCUCUCCUAUCCCAGAGGAGAGAAAGAUUUUGUCCCAAAGACUGCCCUGGGGGCAGUUUGUUGGUACAGGUGAAGUGGAGGCAGCUCUUGUACACUCCAAGAAAGAGUGGUGGCACCUCCCCUGAGUGAUGUUCAAAGAUAGCUGCAUCCCAGGAUGCUGGCUGGUUGGAGCCCUGGUCAUAAGAAUAUACACAGGGAGGAGAAAGAGAGAGAGAGAGAGAGAGAGAGAGAGAGAGAGAGAGAGAGAGAGAGAGAGAGAGAGAGAGAGAGAGAGAUUUUAUGUAUAUAAAAUGUUUUGUGUAAAGCCCCAGUUUGUAACUUGCUGUUAUCUCUGUGUCCUACAGUAGAUCCCUGUCUCCCUGUCCUGUGAUUGUUCUCCUGUCUGUGAGCCUGCAGCUGCUCAGCCUUGUGUCUGCACUCCAAGCCCCAUGCCUGGGUACUAGUGAAAGAGCCUUGCUCCCUUGAUCUGCUGGGUUUGAGUUAUGUAGUGGUUGACUUCAUGGAAGCAGUUCAGAGUAUGCGUCAAUUUGGUUUCCCAAUAGAAAAAGAAAUGCUAGGAACAGUGUCUUUUAAGUCCCUGGUAAAGUAAUUGCUCGAUCUACUAGGCCUCACACAGAGCAGGUGCCCACAGUGGGAGGCUCUGUGCAAGCUCUGGCACAUACUCUUGGGUGUUCACUUCUAUGGCUCCAGGAAAUGAAUGAAUGAUGCCUAUCUUCCGAGACAGUCACCAGCUUCUUUACCCAAGGCUGAGUUCCUAGAGGAAGGGUCAUGUACAGGCAUUUUCAGCAGGAAGUGGGUCUGCAGGGAGAGCUGUAGAGCCCUUCAGAGUGGGGAUCCUGGAGCAUUUCAGGGUCUCCACUGGUUGCCUACAUACAUAGCAGCAGAGCUCUUGGUCCAUUUCCUCCUUCAGUUCCUGUUCCUAGAUGUUUUCAGCAAGCAAAGUAGUGAGUUCUCUCAGGUAUGCUAAUCAGGUAUGCAAAAUGAACAGAACAGGUUUCUCCUGGAAGAAAGUCAAAGUCACCAGAGGGACACUUGUGCUUUUCCUUGUUUCCUGCCUGAAGCCUGUGCUUCAUCCCUCAAACUGGAUGGGGAAUGGGGCUGAUCGUUCAUUUGUGUGUUUUGAGGGGCAACUAGAUUAUAAAAGCUUAAACUAUCAGAAUCCCUGCUGUUUUCUAGUUCCUCCUCUUCCUGUCCCCCACCAAACUUUACCCUUUUGUCUUGUAAAAGACUUUGGCUGCUUUUCAGGUGCUGUGGGAAUGGCCUAGCAGUGUCCCAGGAAACUCAUAGAUGGUCGUCUCGGAAUUAAUUUAUCAUGAGGUGGAAUUUUCAACAUCUUUGUUGGGUGAAAAGCCGACAGCUACUUGGAAAGGUGCUCCCCCAUGUGGAGAGGGCUUAAAGUAAACAGACAGGUAGUGGGUUCAAGGUUACAAGCAAAAGUCAACUCUAACCUAGAAAGAGCCCAGUGAUGCUAGAGUUAUUGGGGAGGGCUUGCUUCCCAUGUGGGAGGGCCUGUCUUAGUCUGCCCAGGGUGCAGGCUUUUCACAGGGCCCCAUACUGCAACUCUGAGACCAGGAUUGCCCAACAGGCUCCUUAUCAGAAAACUUCAUCAGUCUCAGAAGAGGCACCACAAUGCCUGCCUUCUGUUUGUUUCUGCUACCAAGUUUCAGGCAGCAUGAAAGCACCCACCUUGUAGCUUUCCAGGCAAGGAAUAGAAUAUAAGGGAUUUCAGGUGUGUGUGUGGGGGGGGGGUUGCUGAAAAGUGCCUUGGUUGGAAGUGGGGAGGAUGUGUAUUAGGGAAGCCUAGAAUGCACACAGGACCGGACAGUCCUGAGUCGGGAGCUCAAUUACUGUAGAGUAUGGAGCACCUAGGAUGCCAUGUGUAGGAAGUCAGACCCUAGCUGGUUCCAUUUGAGGAGCAACUUUCCUAAACAAGAAAUGAAGUCAGUGUUAAUGAGAACUGAUAUGGGGUGUGAGUGCACACCUCACCAGCCACUCUGGUCAUUUAGAUGGUUUGGAGGUCUGUGAAAUCUCUGCAGUGAGACAGCCACCAUGAAGAGGUAGUGAGAAAGAAGAGGAAGGACUCGAGUGACCCCAGCCACCUUCCUCUGAGUCCCCACUAGCCCUGGCAUUUCUAGCUGCCUUCAUGUUUUUGUGAGCCCCAAUUCAUCUGUGAUUUCACAAAACAAUUGCCCUCUGAGAUUCCUGGACACUUUCUUUGUAAGGGGGUUUCUUUGGGGGAUGUUGUUUUAAGCUUGUAUAACCCAGACUGGCCUUCGACUCUUAACCCUCCUGCCUCUAACUCUUAAGUGCUGGAAUUACAGGUUUGGGCCACCAUGCCUGGCUUCUGAAGAUUUUUUACAUUUGUAUCAAGUUCAAGGCCUUGCAUGUUUGUGAGAACAGUGCCUCCUUUUGUGUUCAAUAGGACUGAUUAAGCCUGGUCUCUCUCCAUUACCCGAGAAUGGUGAGAGCAGAAAUGAAGGCUUACUGUGCAUUUGGAGGCCUCCUGACUCAUUAACAUUCUUUGGUAGAUUGGUAGGGGUAUAUACAGCUUAAAGUGUGCCAUUGUGGAUGGAUUGUGAUGGGUGUCUGUACCCUUAAAACCAUCCUUAUUGUCAAGUCAGUAAACAUUCAGUAUCUUAUAAUUCCUCCUUUCUGCUCCUCCGUGCCCCCGUCCUUAUAACCACUGCUUUCCAUCACUGGUGAUUACCUUCUUUGUAAGUGGACUUCCACAGUGUUUGUCUAGUCUCUCGGUGCCAUUUUUUAGAUAUUUCCAGGUGUUUGUGUGUAUAUCCACACUUGGUAUUUAUCUCAUUGUAUACAUGCCCCCCAAUGUCUGUUGAUGCCUGUUAGUUAGUAUUUACAUUCUUUCCAGUUUGAGACAAAUAAAGCUGCUAUGAGUAUUUGUAUGCACA